CGUGUUGCUGUUCUGAGGUUUUGAUACGCUCCUGGCCGAAAGGCAUGUUCCGAAUUCGUGGUCACGAGCAGCUCUCUCCGAACUGCGGGCGCGCGAGGCUGCCCAGCCUGAAUUUCGAACACGAAACACAGACCAUACAGGCCCCGCGUGCGUCAAAUAAAACAGGCCGCGAAAUCGUGCUGAAAGAGAAAUAAUCCCACUACGUUUUCCUUUCCUGUGUUAAAGAGGUAGGCUUGCUUACAGACACCUGCAUAAACCAGAGGCUCAAGUGAAAAUUAAAAACACGUCACUCACUGCCUGGUGUUUUUAGGUUGAGCACUGAACAAAGUUCUCUGAACUUUAUAUUUCCUUCAUAAAUCCCAGUAAGACGCACAGUCUCUCAGGGCGUCGUACAGGGAGUGCGAGGGCUUGAGGUAUUUCCACUCCGGUCUUGGAGAUGCGCCGGGAAACGUAAAACAACAAUGGUGGCACGGGCCUUGAGAGUGACGUAGACAGCGUGGUAUCAAUGGCGCGUGGUCGUUUACUAAACAUCUUAAUGCCCCUGUGUUGCUCCUUGUGUACCAAUACACAUACACACCUUUACAAAAUGCUUGUAUUUUGUAAUACAAGAGAGUAAGCAUGGGCACAAUUAGUUAUUAUGGGUACGACCGUGUAACUAUGGCUGAUCGGAGCACGAGUUUUUUUUAUACUGAUAUAUAUAUAUACGUGUGUGUGCGCGCUUCUCUGUUCCUUCACGAUAUCAUUCUCCCUCUGUCCCUCGCACACGCUCUCACACGUGACCUUUGCUCUCGAGACGCUGUGCCUUCCUUUCAGUAGGUGUGUUUGGAGCUAUUUUUCCCCGCACGUGUGCAUUUAUCUAUACAGGCACACACACACAAAAAGAAACCCUUUAAUCGUACUGUAAACGCAGCAGCCGGAAUCGUGAAGAAUUGACCGCUUGCGCUGUGCAAGGUAGACAUAGGAGAGAGUUCAGAGGAGGGGAGGGUCGAGUGGGGUGGCGGCUGUGAAGGUUGUGGUGGUGCUGUGUAUGUGUGUGUGUGUGUGUGGGGGGGGGGGGUAGGAAAGAAGAAAAUUAUCUCACGAGCUCUGACUGUUCUUCAGCUGUAGCCUGUACAUUCGCACUCGCCGUGAGCCGGAUUUGAGGCUCUGCAAAUAGAAAAAACUAGGGGUGGCGGUGGUGGUGAGGGAGGGGGGACUGAGAGAGAGCAAGACUCACACGGGAGAGAGAGAGAGAGAAAGGAGAGAGCGAGUGUAGAGAGAGAGAGAGAGCGGACAGAGAUUGUCCAAAGGGGCAGCAGCCGAUUUUUUUUUUCUCGGGUUCCGGUUGCCGAGACACUGGUAAUAGUGGCGGCGAGGUGAUUUGGGAGAAAUGAAGGGGACCUUUUUUCUCUAAAGGAAGCGACACCGUUUGACAAUAAAACAACCCAGCAACGGCUACACCUCUCCGGCACGUUACCCCCGUUUUCCGCCUCUUGCAUGAGAAAGCGAUGAGCUCCUAUUUCGUGAACCCUCUCUUCUCCAAAUACAAAUCCGGCGAGACGCUGGAGCCAGCUUACUACGACUGCCGGUUCCCACAGACCGUGAGCCGGAGCCACACGCUGGUGUACGGACCCGGAGCCGGGGCGCCCGGCUUCCAGCACGCGUCGCAUCACGUCCAAGACUUCUUCCAGCACGGCCCGUCCGGCAUGGCCAACGCCGGCUACCAGCAGAAUGCCUGCGCGCUAGCCUGCCACGGGGACGCCGCGAAAUUCUACGGCUACGAGUCUCUUCCCCGGCAGUCGCUGUACUGCUCGCAGCAAGAGUCCGGCGUAGCGCAGUAUCCCGACUGUAAGUCGUCUAACGGCGCUAACCCCGGAGACGGACAAGGCCACUUAAACCAAAAUUCGUCUCCUAGUCUCAUGUUCCCUUGGAUGAGACCUCACGCUCCGGGCAGGCGCAGCGGCAGACAGACCUACAGCCGGUACCAGACGCUGGAGCUGGAGAAGGAGUUUCUGUUCAACCCGUACCUGACGCGGAAGCGCCGGAUCGAGGUGUCGCACGCGCUCGGACUGACGGAGCGCCAGGUGAAGAUCUGGUUCCAGAACCGGCGGAUGAAGUGGAAAAAGGAGAACAAUAAGGACAAGUUCCCGGGCCAGAGGGGAGAAGCCGAGGCCGAGGAAGACGGCAACGAAGACGGCGACAGAGAGGAGAAGGACACGGAACAGAAAGAGGAGGCCAAGGAGUGAUUGUGCGACCUCCUCUUUUAUGGUUAUAUUGCUUAAAAAAAAAAGGAAGAGAGACGGAGAGGGGGGUGAGGCGGGAAGAGGAGAGAGAAAGCGCUAAACUUUUAUGACCAUCGUUUUUGUUAUUGAGUCAACAUGUGAAGAGAAUCCCACGGCCAUCGCUGUCAAAACACAUUUCCCCCUGACGACGGAAGAUGCGGAGUGUCUUUUGACUGAAAAACAUACGAACGGGCCCGGACUGAGUGACUGGACCCGACACGGUCUCCAGCGCAUUACAGAUGUGUCCUUUCUCGGGGGGGGGGUUAGGGAAAUUAAAAUCUCGAGGAUCUGGAAAUAAGGUUUUUCCGAAAUAGUCAGGGAGGUUUUUUUUUUAAACAACACCGACAAAAACAGCAUGAAUUUCAAAUUACUUGAGAAACAUAUUUUUCUUCU